UAGUUGCCAUAAUUAUAAGUGAAGAGACCAAUAAGUAUAGUGAAGAAUUGAAGGCUGCAGAUAGAAACAGAGUGAGUGAGUGAGAGAGAGAGAGAGAGAGGAGGAUCAAGUGAUAUCCUUCUCUACUCUACUCAUACAAGCAUAAUUACAAUUAAGAUUAGCAUUUUCUUUUCAAUAAUCACCAGCUCAAACUCUCCAAGAUGCAUCUUAAUUACAAAGCAGCAAGUGCAUCUUCAAACCUGGAAUAGAAAAAAAAGAGAAGUCCCACUUUCUCUCAAGAGUAGAAAUCACCACCCAUUACUCUUCUCUGGAGCAAAAAUGCUGCUCAUGAACUGCAUUGUCCCGAUUCUUCUUCUGAGCUUAUUUUCUCCACUUGGAUUAGCGAUGCUCAACCUCACUUUUCCAAAUCCUCACCCCAACCCUGAAGAAGUCGCUCAAGAAGUUCAAAGAAGAGUAAAUGCUUCCAUGUCAAGAAGGCAGAUGCUACAAAUAUCUGAAAAAGACCAAUCCACAUGCUUGACAGGUAACCCAAUUGACGAUUGCUGGAAAUGUGACCCAGACUGGGCCAACAACCGCCAGAGGCUAGCCGACUGCGCAAUUGGGUUCGGUCAGUAUGCAUUGGGAGGCAAGAAUGGUGAAUACUACAUAGUCACUGAUUCCUCAGACGACGAUGCCGUUAACCCAAAACCAGGCACUUUAAGAUAUGCAGUGAUUCAGGAAGAGCCUCUAUGGAUUGUGUUUCCAAGUAAUAUGCUGAUUAGGCUGUCGCAGGAGCUCAUUUUCAAUAGCUUCAAGACUCUUGAUGGACGUGGGGCCAAUGUGCACAUUGUGGGUGGUGGCUGCAUUACUCUGCAGUAUAUCACCAAUGUUAUCAUUCACAAUAUUCACAUCCACCAUUGUGUUCCUUCAGGAAAUACUAAUGUGCGUUCAAGUCCAACGCACUAUGGGUACCGCACAAAAUCGGAUGGUGAUGGGAUAUCAAUCUUUGGAUCAAAGGAUAUAUGGAUUGAUCACUGCUCACUUUCACACUGCAAGGAUGGUUUGAUAGAUGCAGUGAUGGGAUCAACAGGGAUCACAAUAUCAAACAACUAUUUCUCCCAUCACAAUGAGGUGAUGCUGCUGGGUCACAGUGAUGAUUAUUUGCCAGAUUCUGGGAUGCAAGUGACCAUAGCCUUCAACCAUUUUGGUGAGGAAUUGGUGCAGAGAAUGCCAAGAUGUAGAAGAGGCUAUAUUCAUGUGGUGAAUAAUGAUUUUACAAGAUGGGAAAUGUAUGCAAUUGGAGGUAGUGGGAAUCCUACAAUCAACAGCCAAGCCAAUCGCUACACUGCUCCUGCUGAUCGCAAUGCCAAAGAGGUAACAAAGAGAGUGGACACAGCAGAAGGAGGUUGGAAGGAUUGGAAUUGGAGAUCAGAAGGAGAUAUAUUGGUGAAUGGAGCAUUCUUCGUAGCAUCAGGGGAAGGAUUAGAGGUUAAGUAUGAAAAAGCUUACAGUGUCGAGCCUAAGUCUGCUGCUUUUAUUGAUCUAAUCACCAUGCAUGCAGGCGUCCUUGGUGUUGGUGGAAGGGACAACAACCUAGGAAUGUGGAGCACUGGAGCUAAUGGUGUUGGUGGUGGUGGCACCGGUGAAGAUUCCGGCUACUAUUAUUUGGAUGACUACUCAGGAAGCAGUUCUCCAUUGCUACCACCCUCUACCUAUGGUCUUUUCACCAUUUUCAUUGCUAUGUUUUGCUUGAUUUCUUUUCACAUUAUGAUAGCCCUUGUAUCAAUGUUAUAGCAAGCCUGUAGUUGUGCUUGCUUUCAAUUCACAUCAGCUUCUGCUGGAAAAAUGAACUGUACAUUAUGUUUUUCAACAA